AGUACAUUCUUUGAUUUAAAAAUAUCAGUUUAGUGAUUACAGGCUAUAUUUCAGGGUCAAUCAAUAAUAUACGCUAUUAUAAAAACUUUUCAUUCCAAUCACCUUUCGAACUCGUAGUAGGAAAGGCCACGGGUGGUAUUUUCCCAUUGGAACAACAUACUUUUUUUAUAUGCAAGUAGAAAGUUAAUUAUGACCUUUUAUGGGCACACAGCUUUGACAGCGAAUCUAGACUUAAAACCAGUUUUCUGGCUAUGCAUCGCUUUUGGGCAAGUAGGAUAUGAAGUUGGGUAUAAAAUGUGGAGAUUUUAGAUAUGUUCACUUAAGUGACGACAAAGUAAUAUUUUACAGUGCAACCAUUGAAUCACUGUACAGCAUAUUUAAACGGUUACAAGCAGCGAGGGCACUGUGAAUUUCCUAUAGCCCUUUAGGCGUUAAAAAUGUUUAUAUAUCUAGCCAAACAGAUGUGUUGAAACAGAAACAUUUCACAGAAAUCGCAGACGCCGCUUCUGAUCAUGCAGUCUCGACAACUAUAUUGGCCUCAUAAGCACUACAGAUAUGACAAGGAAUCAGAGGAUUGACACAAUGGCAGGAAGGGAUGGAAACAUGACAUCCAGAAAGCAAGAAGAAAGAAAUAUCAGAGAGGCCUAUAGACGUGAACAGAAGAUUGAAUCAUAUUUGGCAGAUGACGAAAAUUUUCCAAGCUUUGCUACUCAGCUGAAGAAAUUGGGUUUACAACUUCGUGAUAUUCCUGGUGAUGGCAACUGCUUAUUUCGUGCACUUGGUGACCAGCUGGAGGGCCAUAGUCGAAAUCACUUCAGACAUCGCCAGGAAGUUGUGCAGUACAUGAUGGAACAUCGGAAGGACUUUGAACCAUUUGUAGAGGAUGAUUUGCCAUUCGAUGUUCACAUUAACAACUUGAAAAAGCUAGGAACACAUGCAGGAAAUGAUGCUAUUGUGGCAUUUGCAAAACUUCACAACGUAAACAUUAUGAUACAUCAACUAGGUGGCAAACCGCUCUUGAUCCAAGGACAAGCAACAGGUGGUGCCAAUAUUAAACAGUUACACAUUGCCUAUCAUAAUUUUGAUCACUACUCCAGUGUCCGACGUCUAAAUGAUAACACAGAAUCUCCUGCAAACAUUCGGAUACAGGAUUCAAAAGAGUCAUUGAAAGACUCCCAUCAUGCUUCUACCAGCUAUGAUACCAACACCAAUGGUGUCGUAAAAGCUAAACGAGGAAUUGAACAUAUUGAAGCAGAGGUCAUAGCAGCAACGAAUUGCCAAGAUGCAGACCAAGUUCGUGAGGCACUACUUGAUUGUGAUUAUGAUGCGGAUGCUGCCAUUGCAUAUCUUAUGCAACAGCUGGAGAUGGGAAAUGAAUCUGAAGAUGAUGUGUUAUCUUUGACUUCCCAGCACACUUCAACAGACAGUGGUAUUUGGGCUUGUAAUGGAACAGGCACUCAUAUUUUUGGGCAGAUGUCAGUCAGUGACAAAGCUCAAAAAGUUCACUUUCGUGAUGACAGCUAUGGAGGUAGUUCUGGAUAUAGCUCAUUAGGUAGCAACAAGGGUGGAGGAGCCAGGCCAAAGUUGACGAUACCCACUGAACAUAACACUCAAUUAUCAGAUCGCAAGAGAAAAGAAGUUAAAAAAAUGGAGAAGAAGAAAAGAGCUGAAGAAAGGCAUCGGCAAAGGAUCCUUGGAAUUGAUCCACACCAACAGCAUAUGCAGCAAAAUGAAGCCAUUAUUGUACAUCAUGAUGGCCAUGUAAAGAUAUAGCAUUUAAUCCAGGUUGUUGGAAAGGUACAAAAUUUUGUGAAAUCACAGUCCCUGUGAAUGUAAUAAUUCAUAAAAACUUUCAGGGCAGAACUGGUCACCUAUACAUAUAUAUAUAGAGAGAUUUCUCUUAAAUGGUUAAUUUAUUUUUGAUUUAGGCAUUUAG